UUACUUUUGACAGUUUAUUUGCCUCUAGUUUCCGUGACUGAUGUCCCAUGCCAUUGUCAUUCGAUUUAAACAUAUACUUAGAACAACAUCCCGGAACAAUAUUUCUGUUGUCAGAUGGGUUUAACCCGGAAGCGAAUCUCCUAGAAGUCGGAAGUAGUCAGAGGAGAAAAAGAAGCUAGGUUUUUCGGAACAGCCGCGGGCGGCUGUGCAUCCCAGGCAGGGAAAAGUGGGGAAAACAGCUCAGUGAAACGCACGACAUUUCUAAAUUUUUCAGCAGCAGUCUUCAGGUAAAGUCCUUUGGAUAAGGAAAAAUGACUUCCCUUGAAAGCACUGAAGUCAAAGUAAGUCCUCCUUCAGUACCAGUCCGUGGGGCUGGAGAUGGAAUGGAAACUGAGCAGCCACCUAAGUCUGUGGAAGUUACGUCCGGAGCCCAUCCCCAGAGCUGUCACGGCCUUCGAAGCCCAAGGAAGAAUCCUGUUCCAUCACUGAGCCCAGGAGUGCUCCAGCUGGGCAAGAUUAUCACCGACAAAGCAGUGGAAGUUGAAGCUGUUCGAAUACUAGUUCCCAAAGCUGCUAUAACCCAUGAUAUCCCUGCCAAAAAUGCCAAACUGGUUAAAUCUCUGGGACACCAUAAAGGAGAACUUUUAGGUCAAUUAGAUGGAGUCAUAGACCCCAGAAAAGAGGUAGCAGAAUUAAAAAAUAGAGUGGAAAAGCUCAGGAGCUCUGAAAGGAGAUUGCUACAGGACAAAGAAGGGCUUUCCAACCAGCUUCGUGUGCAAACAGAGGUGAAUCGUGAAUUAAAGAAGUUGCUGGUGGCUUCUGUUGGGGAUGAUCUGCAGUAUCACUUUGAACGUUUGGCUCGUGAGAAAAAUCAGCUUAUUUUAGAAAAUGAGGCCCUGGGCCGGAACACAGCUCAGCUCUCUGAACAAUUAGAACGCAUGUCUAUACAGUGUGAUGUGUGGCGAAGUAAAUUUCUAGCAAGCAGGGUUAUGGCUAAUGAGUUAACUAAUGCCAGAGCAGCGUUACAGCGUCAAAGCCGGGAUGCCCAGAGUGCUAUUCAAGAUCUCCUCAGUGAACGGGAACAAUUCCGGCAAGAGAUGAUUGCUACUCAGAAAUUAUUAGAAGAACUCCUGGUUUCUUUGCAGUGGGGUAGACAACAGACUUACCAUCCUAAUGAACAACCCCACAGCACUGCAGAGCUAGCAUCAACAAAUCACAGAUUGGCUGCAGCACUGAAUUCCCAUUUCCUUGGAAAUGUUGGCACUAAGAAUCUAAAAAAGGCUUCCCCUAAAUUUGAAUUUUGUAAUACUCCAGCAGAGAAAAUGGCUGAAACAAUUCUUCGAAUUUUAGAUCCAGCUACCUGUACAGAAAAUUCAUCUGAAAUAUUUUCAGAGUCUUCACCAGCCACUUUGCUUUCUACAAAAAAAAAUAUUGGGCGAUUCCAUCCAUAUACGAGAUAUGAAAAUAUAACUUUCAACUGCUGCAAUCACUGCCAGGGAGAACUUAUUGCCCUUUAAAAGAAAUCAAAUCAACAUCUUCAAAAUGUCCUAGAAUCUCUUGUCAUACUAGAGUUUUGGGGCUAGUCUUGUUAAGGUACCAUGUAAUGGCACUCUUUCUGCUUAUAUACUGGAUUUCUCCAAAGAACUUCCAUGUAUCGAAUUUUAGAUCUUUUUCAUAGUUAUCUACUCAGGGUAUAAAAAGCACAAAACUCUAAAAAUAUUAAUCACCAAUAAUGCAAGCUUUCCAAAGCUUCAUAUUGUGCUUUCUUUAAAGUUUGUAGUCUUGGAAUUCUCUUGGUAGUUGGGAUUUUAAAAUCUCCCCAAAAUGGCUACAUUGAUUUUUACCAGUUUCUAGGUUCCCAACAAAGCAUGGUCUUGAAAAAUGUUUACCUUACUGAAAGGGAGAAGAAUAAAGUGUAAUAAGCUAUAUGUUUCUGAAUAAAUAAUUGAUAAGAAGGUGUGUUCAGCACAAAGUGUGCAUAUGAUGUUAGAGGUUUUUCAGACUGUUGUGUAAGGCUGACAGAAAGAAGAGACAAUUUUAACUAUUAAACUGGACCGUAGCAAGUAUGAUACACAAUAUAUUUUACUUGUUUUUUAAAAGAAAUAUUCCGGUCUUGAUUUGUACAGAUCUAAGUAAUAGGACUUUAAGAAACCGUUUCAAUUUGAAAUAUUCUGUGCAGCAUGUAUUUUUUAAAAAAUUGUAAUAUAACAGACCAUUACUAUCUUUAUAAACCCAAAGAAGGAAAGCAACCCAUCAGUUUAAACUUUGUUUUCAGCAUUGUAUUAUUAUGUAUCAAUGGUUGACUCCUUAAAAACAGUUCUUAUUUUAUACCAGGGUACAAGGACUCAUUUAAAUUAGUCUCCUAUGUAAUUAUACCAAAUUAUGCAGAUGAGUUACAGAAGUGCCUAUUAGAAGAGAAAUCUUCACUGGUCAGGUAUAAAAACAAUGUGUUGAAUAUGUAUGUUUUUGUCAACUAAAUAAUUGUUUCUGGCAGCAGUGUUUGGAUUAAUUUAUUGUUUCAGAUGGCAAUAAAUGCAUUUAUCUUCUGCAGUGGUAAAA